AUUUCCAUCCAGUCCGCGAUCGCGGCGGACCCCACCGUCAUCGCGCGCCGUGAGUCACACUCCACAGCCAAUCCCUGGCCACAUCCGGGCUCGCCCCCGCCCCGCCCCCUUGUUCCCGCAAGCCCGGAACUCCCCAAAUCCCGCCCCUCCCCUCCCAAAAAAACACCCCUCAUCUAGUCUCUUCCAGCCUAGAGAUCCUGGCCUACCCUCCGCCAAAGCGCGCACUGAGUGCAAACCCCAGAGUCAAUCCCUGUCCCGGCCCCGCCCCCCGCGUCCGAAUCCCGCCCAGCCGGGCCCUCAAGUCCAGUCGGGACUCGAGCCUAGGGAGGCGAGGUUCCCGCACCGGAUAGCAUGUUUUUGGCCCAGAGGAGCCUCUGCUCUCUUAGCGGUACAGCAAAAUUCCUGAAGACAAUUUCUUCUUCCAAAAUCUUCGGAUUCUCUACUUCUGCUAAAAUGUCACUGAAAUUCACAAAUGCAAAACGGAUUGAAGGACUUGAUAGUAAUGUGUGGAUUGAAUUUACCAAAUUGGCCGCAGACCCUUCUGUUGUGAAUCUUGGCCAAGGCUUUCCAGAUAUAUCCCCUCCUACAUAUGUAAAAGAAGAAUUAUCAAAGAUUGCAGCAAUCGAUAGCCUCAAUCAGUAUACACGAGGCUUUGGCCAUCCAUCACUUGUGAAAGCUCUGUCCUGUCUGUAUGAAAAGCUUUAUCAAAAGCAAAUUGAUUCAAAUAAAGAAAUCCUUGUGACAGUAGGAGCAUAUGGAUCUCUUUUUAACACCAUUCAAGCAUUAAUUGAUGAGGGAGAUGAAGUCAUACUAAUAGUGCCUUUCUAUGACUGCUAUGAGCCCAUGGUGAGAAUGGCUGGAGCAACACCUGUUUUUAUUCCCCUGAGAUCUAAACCUGUUUAUGGAAAAAGAUGGUCUAGUUCUGACUGGACAUUAGAUCCUCAAGAACUGGAAAGUAAAUUUAAUUCCAAAACCAAAGCUAUUAUACUAAAUACUCCACAUAACCCACUUGGCAAGGUGUAUAACAAAGAGGAACUGCAAGUAAUUUCUGACCUUUGCAUCAAAUAUGACACACUCUGCAUCAGCGAUGAGGUUUAUGAAUGGCUUGUAUAUUCUGGAAAUAAGCACUUAAAAAUAGCUACUUUUCCAGGUAUGUGGGAGAGAACAAUAACAAUAGGAAGUGCUGGAAAGACUUUCAGUGUAACUGGCUGGAAGCUUGGCUGGUCCAUUGGUCCAAAUCAUUUGAUAAAACAUUUACAGACAGUUCAACAAAACACGAUUUAUACUUGUGCAACUCCUUUACAGGAAGCCUUGGCUCAAGCUUUCUGGAUUGACAUCAAGCGCAUGGAUGACCCAGAAUGUUACUUUAAUUCUUUGCCAAAAGAGUUAGAAGUAAAAAGAGAUCGGAUGGUACGUUUACUUGAAAGUGUUGGCCUAAAACCCAUAGUUCCUGAUGGAGGAUACUUCAUCAUUGCUGAUGUGUCUUUGCUAGAUCCAGACCUCUCUGAUAUGAAGAAUAAUGAGCCUUAUGACUAUAAGUUUGUGAAAUGGAUGACUAAACAUAAGAAACUAUCAGCCAUCCCCGUUUCAGCAUUCUGUAACUCAGAGACUAAAUCACAGUUUGAGAAGUUUGUGCGUUUUUGCUUCAUUAAAAAAGACAGCACACUGGAUGCUGCUGAAGAAAUCAUCAAGGCAUGGAGUGUACAGAAGUCUUGAUUUGUGCAGAAUGGAUUAAUGUUUCUGUUAGAUGACCUAGUAUGGAAUUGUUACUUAGUGCUGCCACCUGCUGGAUGUUAAAAGGUAUUUCAGUACAACUGGAAUUUAAAUAUUUCCAUUGUUUUUCCAAAGCAGUUAACCCAACUCCUAACAACAUUUUCGGGGGAUCUGACCUUUUUUUUCCAGUUGAAAUGUAUUAACACACCUUCCACAAUCAUUUUAUAAGAGGCAGCAUAACAUAGUGGAUAAGAACUGUGAAAUGUUUAACCUCUCAGUAACUCGGUUCUCUCAUUAUAAAAUAGGAAUAAAAUCAGUACCUGUUUCAUAUGAAGGUCGUUUCUGAGAAUUAAAUGGACUAAUGUAUGCAAAAAGCCUGGCAAACAAUAAACACUCAUCUGACUUUA